CGAAACCAGUUCGAUUGAUAUAAACGGUAUGGUGCUAACCCAUUCAGAACUUAACGGAUUAGGAUGGUGAUUUUCGAGGUACUCCCAUCGUCGGGGAGCGCAAAUAGUUUUAGGAUUGGAUUGGGGCCUGAUAAGACCGCGAUAAGAAGGGAAGAAUCCGUGGCAUGGAGAAAAGCAGACGGAAUAAAAAUAGAAACGCGCGAGAGAGCGGUAAUCGGAAAGAGGUAUGGGAGCGCCGAAUCAAAACACAGCAGAGCGCUCCCAACCCGACCAGUUGAUGUGGUUGAAUCAGUCAAUGAGUGGCACUGCUCCCAGCGAGUCGCUCCAGAGCGUCUAUAAAUAAAGCUGCCAAAGCGGAAAGAUCGCGGUCGCGAGUUAUAAAACACCGAUUAGAAGUGCAUUUCACCACGUGCCUGGCGGACCCUUCAAUGACCAGCCAAAAGGAGGGAAACGGCAGCUCUCCGAGCGAUGCCAAGAGCAAUGGACAUUCGGACCCGGAGGCGGCGACGGCUGGCGCGGAUGACGACAACUCGCUGGACGCAAUUCUGGUGCGGAUCGGCCAGUUCGGGCGCUAUCAGAUCAUCAACUAUGUUCUGCUCUGCAUUCCCAUGCUCUUCAACGCGUUCUUCUCCAUCUCCUAUGUUUUCACGGCGAGCACAGUGGUCCACAGGUGCAACGUCCCGCAGUGCGAUAGUCUCAGCACAGUGUACGAGGAAGACUGGCUGAACUUUACCAUCCCCUACAAGAACUCCGCCUUGGAUGCCUGCCAUCGCUACGCGUUCAACGAGACUCUGAUCACUGAUCCAUCUUCAAGUUACUGCGACAAGGACUAUUUUAGCGGGGUAUCGGAGACCUGCGGACAUGACUUUAAGUUCAGGGACGAGGAAAAGACUAUAUCAACUGAGUUCGGAAUAUACUGUAGUGACGAGUGGAAGCUUUCCAUGGUGGGCACCAUAAACAAUGUGGGCCAGUUUGUCGGCAUACCUCUUGGAGGAUUCUUCGCAGAUAGGUUCGGUCGCCGCACCAUGCUUGCUGUAGCCGGCUCCCUGAGCGCCUUAAUGGGCGUGAUUCGUUCGCUGUCGAGCAACUACUCCAUGUUCCUGGUGUUCGAGUUCCUGGACAUGGCCGUGGGCAGCACCCUCUUCCCCACCGCCUUCCUGCUGGCCAUCGAACUGGUGGGUCCCAAGCGGCGAGUGGCAGCGGCCACGAUUAUCACCAUCUUCUACGCUCUCGGGGAGGCCUUCCUCGGGUUCCUGGCUUCCCAGGUGCAACACUGGCGGUGGCUGCUCCGAGUGCUCUACGCCCCCGCCGUGCUACAGAUCCUGUUUCUGUGGAUUCUGCCGGAGAGUGUUCGGUGGCUGCUGAGCCAGGGCGCCGAGGAGAAGGCCGCCAACGUCCUGCGGCGGGCCGCACGGAUCAACAAGCGAUCGUUGCCCGAGGAGCAGGUUGAGGAGCUGUUGGCCUCCAACCGACAGAAGCUCAGCCAGGCCAACGAGAGCCAGUACCCGAUCAUGAGGGCCGUGCGCUUCUUUUCCCUGCGGAUCGCCAAUUGCUGCCUUUGCUGGUUCACCCACACGCUGAUCGCCCUGGGACUUAGCCUCAACUCGGUUAACCUGGGCGGCAACAAGUACACCAACUUUAUGCUGAACGGCUUCAUCCAGAUCCCGGGCCUGCUGCUGCCCUUGGUCAUCAUGGAUCGCGUUGGCAGGCGCUACUCGCUCUGCGCCUCAAUGCUGCUCUGUGCCAUCUGCAUGGCCGCCUCCGCGGGUGUGCCAGAAGAUAACUACGCGGGUUCUCUGACUCUGUUCCUAUUCGGAAAGCUGGCCAUCACUUGCAGCUUCCAGAUCCUGUACUUCUUUACAUCUGAAAUCUUUCCCACCAACGUGCGGAACAGCCUUCUGUCGCUCUGCUCCAUGGUGGGACGCAUUGGCUCCAUGUUGGCUCCGCAAACACCUUUACUGGCCAAAUACUAUGUCUAUGCCCCGCAGAUACUAUUCGCUACCUUUGCUCUGAUCAGCGGCUUCCUGACCCUAGCCUUCCCCGAGACGGCGGACAAGGUGCUUCCCACGACCAUGGAGGAGGCCCGGGACCUCAACCUGGCCAAGCGCCGGGGUCAGGGGGUUGAGGGGGAAGAGCUGGGGGAGGGGCCGGCACCCAAGGUCCCCCAAUAAUGAUCUCGGGCCGGGAGCUGCAAGGAGGCUAAUAGAAGCCAAAUAUGUGUUAGUCCACGCAUUUGUUGAUUUUUAAAAGUGUUUUAGUUAGUUAGGGUUCGUUCGUACGAUUUUGUCGUGCACGCACAUCAAAUUUUAUCCGUGAUAUUUAUUUGCUGCGCUGUCUUUCUAGCUUCUUUUAAACGUUAAAAAUUUUGUAUGUGUCAUUAUUUAUUAUUUUAGAUUAUACAUACAUAAGUAAUUGAACCGGUCCACUAAUGGUAGAAAAGCAUGUAUUUUUUCAUGAAAUUUUUUUAGAAUGUGCAUUUUGUUACCACUUAUUUAUGGCUAUGUUUCGCAGACACAUUUACGUCAACGUCCUGUUUCCAGAUUUUACUUCUGAAUUUAAAGUUUUUUAAUUGAUUUUUUGAGUGUGUCUGCAUUGAUUUGUGCACUUAUAUUAUCUAGAUAUUUAAUUACAACAAAGAACGAUUUUUCGAUA